CAACUGCGUUUGUCUGCACUAUGGGGGAAACUCACAGACUAAGAUAAUGGAACACUAGAGAGGAAAAGAUUUCUGGUCGGUGUAAAAGCAUUUUAUCUGACGGUUACAUGAGUGGAGCGAGCCCCUGUCCUCGGCUUCAUCUGAACAGAGAAAGAGGUGAGAAGGUGAGCAGUGACCAUGGAGGCUGUAUCUCACUCUCCCUUCACCACAGCUGGCCAGCUGCCUUGGCUGAUUCUGACUCUGUUAACAUCGUGGACAGCCUUCUGUUCAGCGGAGAUAAAGCAGACAAGAUGGCCAUUAUAUUCCCAGAAGCCGGUUCUUCUUGCCUGGAAUGCCCCAACACAAGAGUGUGCCCCGCGACAUGGCGUAACUUUAUCAUUGGACCAGUUCGACAUUGUUGCGUCCCCCAAUGAGGGCUUUGUCAGGCAGAACCUCACAAUCUUUUAUAAGGAACGCCUAGGAUUGUAUCCCUAUUAUGAGCGUGGAGGCACUGCAGUGAAUGGAGGCCUUCCACAGCUUGCUAGCCUCACUCAGCACCACGAAAAGAUGCCUGAAGGUUUGAAAAAAUAUAUACGUGAACCAGAGGCAAAAGGGCUGGCUGUAAUUGAUUGGGAGGAGUGGCGUCCGUUGUGGAUCCGAAAUUGGGAUAUUAAAGAUAUCUAUCGAAAUAAAUCCCGUGAAAUGGUGGCCAAGAAAAAUCCUAAGUGGACCCCAGAACAAGUGGGAAAAGUGGCACAGCUAGAAUUUGAGCUAUCAGCUCGCAAGUAUAUGCUGGAGACUCUUAAAUUUGCCAAGAAUAUGCGGCCCAAUCAACUGUGGGGCUUCUACUUGUUUCCAGAUUGUUACAACCAUGACUACAGGAGUGGCCUUAAGAACUACACUGGCCGCUGUCCUGAUGUGGAGAUGGACCGCAAUGAUCAACUCAACUGGUUGUGGAUGGAGUGCACUGCCUUCUUCCCAUCUAUAUACGUGGGUUCUGUGCUAGCCUCCACAAAUGCUGGACGCCUAUUUGUCCGAAACAGGGUAAAGGAGGCGAUGCGCCUGGCAUCUGUUGGGGAUGGAUUAGCACGGCCUGUUUUUGUUUAUACCCGCCCUACUUACAUCAAUCAGAUGACCCUCCUCACUCAGACAGAUCUGGUCUCCACCAUUGGUGAGAGUGUUGCACUUGGAGCUGCAGGUGUAAUCUUCUGGGGGGACACCUCCUAUGCAAGCAGCGAUGCCAGCUGCUCCAUCCUGAAUGAGUAUCUUAAGGGACAGCUGGGCCGGUACCUCCUCAACGUGUCUACAGCAGCAGAACAGUGCAGUCAGGUGGUAUGUAAAUCCCACGGCCGCUGUCUGCGCAAAGUACAGGACGAUGAAGUUUACCUGCAUCUCAGUCCGUUAACACACAGCAUCACCAGUCAGGGUGGCCGGCUGAAGGUUACAGGCGUGCCUGGCCAAGUGGAGCUGGCCCUUUUCCACACACACUUCCAGUGCCAAUGCUACAGUGGGUACAGGGGUGAGGCCUGUGCUGAGAAAGAAAAAGGGCAGAAUAGAGCCUCCUCUGUCUUAGAGACCUGGCCUCUUUGCCUUUUACUCCCACUAGGACUCCUCACACUGCUACACUAAGGAAACUGAGAAGCCCAAACUAUUCUCUGUUUCUGUCAGCCCUUAAAAGGACAAAUCAGACUUUUCAACACAUGGUUGGUAAGUAAUGGUGCACUAGUGAUGAUGCUGAAUGUUGAUGCGUUUUCAUCAGCGAUUGAUUUAUAUCACAUGUCAGAUCUUCAUGCUCCAUGCUGACCCUGACCUCCAGAUGAGGAGAUGCUGCAUAGCAUCAUUUCCCAAUCAAUGGGGCUAUAGUGUAAUUGUGGGCUUUUCCCACAGAGGAUAAAAUGCAUUAUGAAAAAAGACUCCUUAUCGUUAAAGUUUUUUGUUUUAUUUAUCUUUUUUUUUUCAAUGGACAUAAGAAAACAAUGUGAGGCUUAAAAAAAAAGUUGAAGAAAGGUACCUUUGAUGCCCAGCGGCAUACAGUAUUCACAAGUUGUUGUUGUUGUUGCCCACUCUAAACAUUACUGUUUCUAUCUGUUGACUGAUCAAGCUGUUAAGUGUUGAAAUCGAAAUUAUGAGAAAUGAUGCCUUAACUAUCUUUGGCUUAAAGAAACAACAUGGCUGGACCUGCCUGUUUCAGUUCAAAACUGCCUUAACUGGGCUACAAACUACAAAGUGCUCUUUUUUAUGGUUGCCUUUAUUUACAAGUUUUGUCUAUUGAGGUUUAUACCGCAGCGUUUAUCUUAGCCCUCUGCUGGCGUCGGUGCUUUAUACUGAUAUGAACUCUUUAAGCCUAACAGUUUUCAUUUUAUUUAUAAAGGAAAAUGUAUGUAUAGAGAAAAAGUGGACGGAUCUGAAAGACAAAAAAAUAAAGAUAAAUGGACUUACUUAGCAUCUUUCUAGUCUUUCGACCAUAUCAAUAUUCACCCAUUUCAGCAUUUUGGUAAUGUCACAUUUGCUAAAUUGCUGUUAAUUUUCAUGUAAACGUACAGAUACUAGAAGCAUGUACAGAUACACAAUUAGAUUCAAAUUCUUCAUGGCAAAUUCAAGCUGGUUUAAAAAUGUACUGGUAUUAGCGUAUCUGUCGGCUGUUAAGUAUCAAGACAUUUUUGGACAUAAAUGCCAAUAAUAUGUUUAUUUUUCUUUUAUUAAUUGUCUUGUUCACUUUGUGUCUUGGCCACAUUUUUAAAUAUGUAAGGGACCCGUUUGUUUGUUUGUGUGUACGUUUAAACUAUUUGGCAGGUACUAAUCAGCUUCACUUACCAGAUUUUCUUUAAACUCUCAAAUAUCCAUAUUAGCCUCAGAAAACCAGCAUUGCUCUGGCUCUAUACACAAUUAUCAAUCUAGAUUUUGUUUGUGUGUAGUUUGCCAGUGACAGUGUUGAUAGCAACUACUGUAGGUACAUUUUCAAAUUAGUUUAUUGAGAAAUAAAUAUAUUUUCUAGAGUUUCAUUUUUAUACAGUAGGUUAUGUAUUCACUUUCUAUGGCACUGCUCAGAAAAGUUUUCAGCUACCUAAAAUAAGUUAUGUUUUUCAUAAACUGAAAAAUUGAGAAUUUUACUAAUAGUAUUGCAAUAGGACGUUUUAAUUAUGCUGCGACCAUUUUAAAUUACUGCACUUUAAUUACUUUUUUUUCCAUGUUAGUGAUUUGUUCUACUGUGAAUUUUGUCUAAAAUGAAAUGCCUCUGAUAGUUGGCUUUUCUCCCUUGGCUUUCAACUUUCAAAAAUACUCUAAGGUUUAUUUGUCAUUAUUUUUAAAUAUCAUAUUUUUUUGUUUUGGGAAAGUAUUCUGAACAUGUUAAUCAGAUUUAGAGAACCAGGUCUGACACAGUAACACUGUUUUAUGGUAUUAAAAGGGAAGAUGUCACCCAUGUAUAAUGCAGAUUUCUCCCCUAGUAAUAUUUGACCAUUAUGUACAUGCUGUAAAUCAGUUUGUUUUCCAAGGCAUGCCGUAGUAUUUAAAUGUGUUUUUUUCUCUACUUUUAGUCAGCAAUUUCUUUUCACAACAGUAUAAAUAUCAACGUGAGACUUUAAACAUGUUUCAGAUUGAGUAAUUAUCAAUUAUUUUUUAUCAGUGAUUGUCAAAUUUUAACUAUCAACUCUAGGGGGUUAAUUCAACCCCUUAUAUAUAAUAUUUGCUGCAAUGGAUUGUCUUACUCAAGCAAGUGACCAGUCUCACUGCAGUCAGUGGCUGCCUCAAGAGUAAAAUUAUCAAAAAUGUGAAACUAGGAAUCUGAAAUAUAUAAUUUACGUAAUCUUAGAAUUGACUUUUGUACUCCUCAUCCUCUCUGUUUUAGCAUCGCUGUUAAUUAGGAAAUUACCUUGGAAGCCUUAUUUUGUCCUACAUGUAUUGUUAUUCUUUGAAACCAAAUCUUUGAAACCAAAUCUUUGAAAACAUUUUGUAUUCACCUUUUACAUCAUAUAAUAUAAUUAUUUAAAGAGGAAUUUAAUUAUAUUUUUUCUGAUUCUGUUAUUUUCUAGGGAGACUUUAGUCUAAUGGGAUUUUUGUAUUCAAUUAACACAACAUGUUUAUUCUUUUUGCCAAAAUAUUGUAAAAACUGGAAAUAAAACAGUGGACGUGAUCAAAUGUAC